UGGAUACAGGGGCUACCUAUUCUCUACUGCCUUCCUACUCAGGACCUAACAUACCUUCCCAGGUUUCAGUCAUGGGGAUUGAUGGAAAGCUCUCCUGUCCCAACCAAACUCAUCCCUUAGCCUGUGUCCUUGAGGGAAACCCCUUCUCCCACUCCUUUCUAAUCAUACCCUCAUGCCCAGUCCCCUUUUUAGGAGGAGAUAUUCUCCAGACUGUAGGGGCCACCCUCCAGGUCACUGGCUCCCCACAUUCAAGCCCAUCCUUUGCCCACCUCCUGUUUUCCUAACCAGUAUCACGCCCUGUCUUGACCCCUCACCUCAACCCCCUAUCCCUCCUAAUGAAGUUAAUCCCUUGGUAUGGGAUACCUCCAAGCCUGUUGUGGCCAGACAUCACAUACCAGUUAAAAUACUUCUCAAAAACCCUACCCACUUACCUUCACGUCCUCAGUUUCCCAUCUCAAAAACCCACCACCAGGGCCUAAAGCCUAUCAUCACCCGACCUCUGGCCCAGGGACUCCCUAUCUUACUGGUUCAAAAGUCGACUGGUGACUACUGCCUAGUUCAGGACCUGGACCUCAUCAACGAGGUGGUGGUACCCCUCCACCUGGUGGUCCCCAACCCAUACACCUUAUCCAACAUUCCCUCCACUACCUCUCAUUUUAUGGUUCUUGACCUCAAGGACGCCUUCUUUACUAUUCCCUUUCACCCAGAGUCUUACUUCCUCUUUGCCUUCACCUGGACCGAUCCUGACACCAACCUGUCACAGCAGCUCGCCUGGACGGUCCUGCCCCAGUGAUUGAGACAGCCCCGAUAUUUUUGGACAAGCCUUAGCAGCUGACCUUAGUUCCUGCUCCCUCCCCAGUAUGUGGAUGACCUAUUACUUUGUAGCCCCUUCCUCUCCUUGUCUCAACAGCACACUACCACUCUCCUUAACUUUCUUGGAUCCCAGGGGUACCAGGUAUCUUACUCUAAAGCACAGUUGUCAGUCACCUCAGUAGUCUACUUAGGCAUUUGCCUCACCCCCAAAACUUAAAGCCUAACAGCCAACCGCCAGCAGGCAGCUCUUUCACUGCAGCCCCCAGAGACUGCAGCCCAGAUUCUCUCCUUAGGAUUUGUAGGAUUCUUCCGUCACUGGGUACCUAAAUUUGCCACUCUAGCUAAACCUCUGUAAUGUGGUGGCUAAGGACACACCCACGGGACCCCUCUCUCAUCCUGGAGUUGUAAAACAAGCUUUCAAAACUCUACAAAUUGCUCUGUCCAUGGCACCUCCACUUCAACUGCCAGACCUUAUCCAUCCCUUCUACUUGUUUACUGACGAGAAACAAGGUGUUGCAGUUGGAGUCCUAACCCAACCCCUAGGUCCUGUGUAUCGUCCUGUAGCAUAUUUAUCAAAACAACUUGAUCCCACAGUCAGGGGAUGGCAGCCUUGCCUGUGGGCCCUGGGAGUGGCAACAGAACUUACCAAAGAAUCCCUAAAACUUACCUUGGGCCAGCCCAUCUUGGUGUUCUCUCAUCAGCUAACUGACCUUCUCUCUCACAAAUCCCUCACUCACCUAGGACCCUCUCGCCUACAGGAGUUUCUUCUACUCUUUAUUGAAAAUCCUUCAGUCAGCCUUCAUCCCACUUCUUCACUCAACCCAUCUACUUUGCUUCCCCUUCCAUCCCAUUCCCCCUCCCCAGCCCAUUCCUGCCCUGAACUAAUAGAUGCAUUUGCUAAACCUCGGGAGGGCCUGUCUGACCUUCCCCUAUCUAACCCAGGCUUUACCUUUUAUGUAGAUGGGAGUUCAAUAGUGACAGCCGAGGGGCGGCAAAAAGCAGCCUAUGCAGUAGUCACUGACUCAGCCACCCUUGAGGCAUGUCGCCUCCCCGAUGGAACCACCUCACAAAAAGCAGAGCUCAUUGCCCUGACCCGGGCUCUCACCCUAGCACGGGUAAAGCGGGCAAAUAUCCAUACCGAUUCAAAGUAUGCUUUCCUUAUUACCCACUGUCAUUCUGCCCUCUGGAAAGAGCGGGGAUUACUUACCACCAAGGGGUUCCCCAUAAUCAAUGAUACCCAAAUCUCUAAUCUCCUACAGGCCCUGUCACUGCCCAAAGAAGUUGCUGUCCUUCACUGCCGAGGGUACCAAGCCCAGCAGGAUGCUGUUUCCCAGGGCAAUGCAAGGGCAGACGCAGCAGCAAAAUCCUUAACUAAUACCAGGCCAGCCCCCACUCCAGUCCUUUUCCUCACCACAGCCAUGCCGCCAAUUUACUUGCCAUCAGAGAAACAGGCCCUCAUAUUAAAAGGGGGGACCAAGUCUGGUCAGGGCUGGAUCUUCCUAGACAACAAAAUCGCCCUUCUCCAGGAACAGGUCCCAAAGGUCAUUGCUGAAAUCCACGAAUCCUUACAUAUAGGGCCCAAAGCAUUGCACCACUUCGUGCAGCCCCUCUUUUUCUCACCAGGUCUGCAACAGACAAUUGAGCAAGUACACAAGGCAUGCGUUACCUGCUCUAAGGUCUCGUCUCAGGGAGGCUUAAGGCCACAGUUUCCUACCUACCAAAUGUGUGGCCACCUGCCAGCCCAAGACUGGCAGAUUGAUUUUACCCAUAUGCCCACUCAAAAAUCUCUGCUACUUUCUAACCUUUGUAGAUACCUUUUCUGGAUGGAUUGAAGCCUUUCCCAUCUCCCGGGAAACUGCAGACAUGGUGGCCUCCCUCUUAAUUCAGGAAAUCAUCCCUCGUUUCGGCUUACCAGGAAAUAUCCAGUCAGACAACAGUCCAGCGUUUACAGCUUAGGUGGUCCAGCUGGUCACCAAGUCUCUCAACAUCUGGAAACUACACAUCCCCUACCACCCUCAGUCGUCGGGUAAAGUUGAACGGGCUCACAGCAUCCUCAAAGACCAUUUGGCCAAACUUACUAUUGAGGUAAAACUCUCCUGGCCCACACUCCUGCCUCUUGCUGUAACCUGGGUCAGCCCCUUUGAAUUGUUGUACAGCUGGCCCUUCCUGGUCUCCCAUAAUCUCCUGGUACAGCCACCUCCCCUAGCCUCCUACCUCCCCUAUUUCUCUCUCCUCCGCCACUUACUCAGGGAGCACGCAGACCUCACCCUCCCAGUUGUUCCAGGACCAGAGGACUUCCACCCAGUGAUGCCUCUCCAACCAGGCAACAGCGUUCUCUUCCGAGAACUCAAACCAGGAUCCUUGCAACCCAGGUGGUCGGGACCUCACAUUGUUAUCCUAACCACCCCCACAGCAGCCAUACUCCUAGGCCACACUCUGUGGUACCAUGUGUCCCACCUCAAACUGGCCCCCCAAAAUAAUCAGUGGAAAUCUGAACCCUUGGGCCCCACUUGCCUCCGCCUCACCUGUAACCCCUACCCAUCAACUCCUAACCCUUCAAAUUCUCCUCCUAAGAAUCCUUCUGGGGUCCCCUCUUAAAGCCAACUCCUACUCUAUCUGGCAGUUCUACCUUCAGGAGUCCUGGACGGAAGACCCCACUACUAAAACCCAAUACCUUGCCCAAGCAGAUUGCCAGCCCGCAGGCUGCCAAUAAGCCAUAAAAUUUGAAUUCCCAAAAUCCAAGGCCAAUACUAUCAUAAACUCCUGGAAUAACUUUGGCCUCUGCUUUCUAAAUGACCAAACCAAAGACUCCUGUCAUUUGUGGAACGAUACCUAUGGUGGAUGCCCGUAUGCUUCUUGUGUUAUACACACAACCUUCAGAACAGACACCACCCCAAAAAGUAGAAUGCUCUUUGCCAAUGACCAAGGUAAAGUGUCCCUUAUCCACGAUCCCUGGGAAGCCUGCUGGGAAAAGGGUACUGCAGGUAAAAUAUAUACCAGGUUUACAGACAGCCACCCCAGUGGUACGUGGCUAAUAUUUUGGUCCUAAACCCGCAUUGUGCCGGUGGAAAUAGACUGACUUAAGUUGUUAAGCAACACCAUCCUGCAGAAUGAGGCCACCUUAACUAAUCAACUCAAGCCCUCGAGCAACACUCCCCAGCCUUUCUCUUGGUUAACGCUAGUACAGCAAGGUGUUAACAUGUUGAGCUUAACCGAAGCCAAAAACUUCACUAAUUGCUUUUUAUGUGCCUCCCUUAACAAACCCCCCUUAGCAGCAGUUCCCCUCCGGACCGGGUUCGGCCAGUCACAAUCACCCAGGGGGCCUGAUACCACCUUAACAGGUAUCCCCUUGUUCAAAGUACAUUCUCAAAAUCUCUCUCUGCUAUGGGACAGCCAGCAGCCCCAGCCUCAGGUGCAAUACCAUGGUAGAAGUAAAAUCCUCCCUUUACCUGCCUCCAGGAGGAUUAUUUUGGUGUAAUGAAACCCUAACCAAAGUUAUUGAUGCCUCCCUCUUCCCCUGUAUGCCCGUCACACUAGUCCCGCAGUUAGAAGUGUACGGACAAGCCGAGUUCCUAUCCCUCAUCGUGCCAUCCCCUAAUCACCAGAGCAAAUCACCAGGCCAAAAAGUUGGCCUCUCUUUAGCAUCCUCUCUAGCAGCAGCUGGAAUAGGGAGCAGCGCCAUGGGCUACAGUGUCACUUCAGCCACUCAACUGGAAGACAAGCUCCGUGUGGCUACUGAAGCAUCAGCCACCUCUUUAGCUUCCCUCCAGCGACAAAUCACGUCGCUGGCUCAGGUAACUCUCCAAAACUGACGGGCCCUAGACCUACUGAUGGCAGAAAAAGGAGGUACCUGUCUGUUUCUCCGGGAGCAGUGCUGCUAUUACAUCAAUGAAACAGGCCUUGUGGAAGAAAAUGUCAACAUUCUGUAUUGCCUCCAAGAGAACCUCCGCAGGAAGCAGAGCAUACCAGCCUUGUCUCUCAACUGGUAGCAAUCCCCCAUGUUUACCUGGCUAGCUCCCAUUAUCACCCCCAUUAUCCUUGUGUGCCUUCUAAUGCUAGCCCCUUUUUUCCUCAGGUUUUUACAGGCACGCAUGAGGGAAAUCUCCAGGAUGGCCAUAAACCAAAUGCUACUUCACCCCUACUUCCAACUCCCAACUGAGGCACUAGCCAACUGACCCCCCUCCGCCCCUAUUCAGCAGGAAGUAGCCAGAAAGAAGAGGCGUCCUAUAGUAUCAAAAGGACUGUCUGCAUUGUCCUAGAGUAUAUGAAGUAACUACAAUCAACUCUUCGGUUACAAUGGAUUCCUUGGUUUCUGGUUUGUCAGCAUCUGAAUUAAUUUCAGGCAUAGAAUGACCUUCUUGGAGGGCAUUUGCUGCUUCUUGUGCCUUUUCCAUCCUGAAAGAAGCCUCCUGAAUACUGCUCUGUGUCAACCAGGGGUGCUUUAGACAUUCUUCAGCAGUGGCUCGAUCUCUGUAAAGAUACAUGUAUUACGGUUAAGACACGUUAGAACUUCAAUUAAAAUUAGAGCAUAUAUUUUGGGAAGUAUGAAAAGCUGGCAAAAGUCUUAGUGUGAUUCCUGAAUAAAACUAUUAGUUUUGGAGUUUGGGUAUAAUUUUCCAAAAUGUUGAAAUAUUUUAAGUUAUCCCUGAAAUGCUCUCAAGAGACACCAAGAACAGAUUAAGUGUCUGCUAGAGUUUAGCUGUCAAAAUUUUACUGUCAAUUUCUACUCACCAUGAAUUAUGUGCCAUUUACUGCCAUGACACAUUUGCAAUAAUACAAUUUUGCUAAUUAAUAUUUAAAUCCUGUUAAACAGAGGUAUGGUUCACUUUUUUUUUUAAGACGGAGUCUUGCUCUGUCGCCAGGAUGGAGUGCAGUGGUGCAAUCUCGGUUUACUACAACCUCCACCUCCUGAGUUCAAGUGAUUCUUCCACCUCAGCCUCCCAAGUAGCUGGGACCACAGGUGUGUGCCACCAUGCCCGGCUAAUUUUUGUAUUUUUAGUAGAGACAGGGUUUCACCAUGUUGGCCAGGAUGGUCUCGAUCUCUUGAUCUCAUGAUCCGCCCACUUUGGCCUCCCAAAGUGUUGGGAUUACAGGCGUCAGCCACCGCACCCAGCCAUGGUUCACAUUUGCUAAAAAUAUUUUUGUUUUUGCCUCCUUUUCUUUCAACAGAUGUAUUAAGCCAAGGGUCACCUAGUUUUAUGUCAACAUUUUUGUGUUUCCAUUUUGGUGUUUUAGAUGUUGAACUAUUUUUGGUUGGAGCAGAUUCAAUAAAAAACUGACAAGAUCAGUAUUAAAACUAAUACUUACUCAGGUUUCUUAACUAAAAGUGCCCUGAUGAAGUCAACAGCUGACUCAGACAAAAUAUCAAAUUCUUCCUCAGAAUAACUUAAAUUCAUCUGUGAGAUGUUUAAGAAUGUUUCUUGUUUAUUAUUGCCUAAGAAAGGUGAUAUUCCAGUAAGCAUGACAUAUGUUAACACUCCAAUGCUCCUAAAUUAGAAAGAAAAUGUAAGAAAAAUUAGUACCAUACUCAUUUCUUGAAACUAAUUUGAUCAAUUUUUCAUUAGUAACACUUACCACAUAUCUGUUGCCAUGCUUAUAGGAUCAUAACUAAGAAUUUCAGGAGCUAGUAUCAGAAAGAGAAGAUACCAUUUAGCUUUGUGCAAAAAAUUCCUAAUUUGCUUUUAGAGAUAAAGUAUUAUAAACUAUAAAGCACAUUUGGGCUAAAAUGAAAGGUUACCACAAAUUAAUAUAGAACCUAACUAGAUGUUUGUAAUUAACUUGUUUACUUUUCAUACUUCUACCCACCAUUGUUGAGUCCUAGUGUUUUACAAAUAUUUAAAUAUUUUAAAAACACCAAAUAUAAACUGACAAUUUCUGACACCUUUCUCUUUCACACCCUCUGUAAUCAAACAUUGUCUCUAUCAGAUUAUGGCUUUUAAAGCUUUCUCAUUGCCACUGACAUUUCUGCCUCCCCAUUGGCCCACUCUUGUCCAUGGUACUUUGUCCUCUUACCUGGGCCUUUUCAACUACUUGUCCCACCCCUCUGAUCUUUUCUUUACGUUGCAGUCAGAGUGAGCUUUUUAAAACAUCUACCCAUUAACAGAAAGUCAGCCAACAAAGUUAAAACAAAAAUUGAGCAUUCUGAGACUACAGGCAUGGGACAAAGUUAACUAAGUUGCAUCUAUAGGACUAAGAAAGGUAAUAUGCUUUGAGGCUGGGUGCCCAGCAGUUUGCAAGGACAAGGCAGGAGGAUCGCUUGAACCAGGAGUUCAAGACCAGCAUGAGCAACAUAGUGAGACCUUGUUUCUAUAAAAAGUAAACAAAACUCAGUUGAGUGUCACGGUGCAUGCCUGUAGACCCAGCUAAUGGGGAGGCUGAGGUGGGUGGAUUGCUUGAGCCUGGGAGGUUGAGGCUGCAGUGAGCCAAGAUAGUGCGACUGCACUCGAGCCUGGGUGACAGAGACCGUGUCUCAGAAAAAAAAAAAGCUUUGAUAUAAAGCAAAUUGCUGCCACACAUAAACACAAUAGAAAGACUGUCAAAUAUGCAAGGAUUCAGGAAAAAUAUAAAAAUCUACUCAUAAUCCAGUUAACUAAAGAUGAUCUUUUUCAAAACUAUACAAAUAAAGAGGCUAAACUAUUAAAAGGGAGUCAAUAAGUACUGAAUCCAUGGGAAAACAGAUCAGAGACUAAAACACUGUGGUAAUUACGAUGUAAAAAAAGGAAUGAAAAUGUUCUAGUUCUAUGAAAAGACUAAAUACUCAAAGUCAUGUAUCUACUGCUUUGUUUGUGACAAACCCUCAUAGAAUAAAUGAGUGGGAGGAAGAGGUUAGAAAGGAAAUGCUAGGUAUGCUAGUUUCCUAAAUUUUGAUUUCUAAAAUGGCUGAGAAACAGAAGUUGAGAAUGUUACUUAUAGGUUUUAGAAGAAAUGACUAGGAAUUAAAAAUGAAAUGCAUAGCAUCCAAAUUACUGGGGAUGAAACAGUAAAACAGACCACAUAGCAAGACUGUGGGAGGAGAGGUACAGGAAAUACCAAUAGCUUCCUUUAUUGAGUGGUUAUCAUGUGCUGAAUACUGGUUUAAGGGCUUUGUAUAGCAAAUACAAUUAAAUCCUUACAAAUUCCCUGUGAGGUUGGUACUAUUACUAGCCCCAUUUUAUGGACAGAGGAAUCUGAGGUAUAAAGAGAUUUAAGGGCCACGGUCACAUAGAAGGCAAAUACAGGGGUAGAGGAGAGACCUACUCAAGAUGGCGCGGUGAGAACAACCCAGGAUUGAAGCUAUCGGUGAAUGCGCGGAGGGUGAGUCAGGGCCACAUUUCCAGACGGAUCUUUGUUGCCCACAGAACGGGGAAAUCCCCAGGUAUAAAAGAGAUGCGGGAUGCCAGCGCAGUGGUUUUGGCUGGUGCAGCCGGCGGCUGGUGAUACAGCGCAGUGGCGCUCCACAGCGCUCUGCACAAAGCGCACUGGUCCGGGUGCCCUGUUUAAUCGGCAAUCUAAGACUUGAGAGGGCAGAUUGGCAUAUCCAUCUGAUUGAAUGGGACUUGGACAGUGAGCCAGGCCAGGAGAUUUCAGGGAAACGGCGUUUGGGCCAGUGCUGUGGGACAAACAAAACGGCGAUUCCAAACGCUCCGGGUGGAGAGUUUAACUGUGGGCACAGCUGAACCCAGAACGGUGCAGCUCGGUGGGGGGGGGGGGGUGUCCGCCAUUACCGAGGCAAUCCGCCCCUAUUGAGGUUACACUCCCAUUGCUGACACAGCCUGCGGUUGCCAAGGCAACCCGCCACAAUAGAGAGACUCCGCCGCAGGGCGUAGCCCAUAGCAGCAGGGCGGAGACCGCAGCAGCAGGGCAGAGCCUGCAGCAACAGGGCGGACCUCACACCAGCAGGGCAGAGCCUCAGCAGGGAAAUAGUGACUAGACUGCCUCCUAGCUGAGCAGGACAGCGCAAUGGACACUCAUAAAGAAAGCCCCAACCCCCCCAAGACAGAGCAUCUGAGAAAAAAAGGGUUUUUUUUUAAUGAGUUCUGCUGCAGCAGAAUUAAACGUAGCAGCCUAACAGCCCUGAAUGAACAACAGAGCUCACAGCUCAGCAACUGAGCUCCUAUAAAGUACAGACUGUCUCCUCAAGCAGCUCCCUGACCCCUCUAUAUCCAGAAGACUGAUAUUUGGCAGGCAUCAUUCUGGGACAAAGAUAGCAGAAAAAGAAACUGGUAGCAUCCCUCACUGUUCGCAGCUGUUAUAGGUGCACCCCAGACAAGCAGGGCCUGGAGUGGACUUCAGCAGUCGUACAGUGGAGGGGCUAGACUGGUAGAAGGAAAACCAAGUAACAGAAAGACCUCAUCAUCACAAUCUGGGCAUCCACUCAGAGACCCAAUCGAAAAGUCAGCAACUACUCAGACGACAGGUGGAUAAAUCCACAAAGAUGGGAAGAAACCAGCGCAAAAAGGAGGAAAACACCCGAAACCAGAACACCUCACCUCCUACAAAGGACCAAAACUCCUCACGAGCAAGGGAACAAGGCUGGACAGAGAAUGACUGUGACGAAAUGAUGAAAUUAGACUUCAGAAGGUGGAUAAUGAGAAACUUUUGUGAGCUAAAAGAACAUGUUUUAAAUCAAUGCAAAGAAACUAAGAACCUUGAAAAAAGAUUCGAGGAAAUGAUAACAAGAAUGGGCAACUUAGAGAAGAAUAUGAAUGAAUUGAAGGAGCUGAAAAACACGACACGAGAACUUCGCGAAGCAUGCACAAGUUUCAACAGCUGAAUUGACCAAGCAGAAGAAAGGAUAUCAGAAGUCGAAGAUCAACUCAAUGAAAGAAAACGAGAAACCAAGAUCAGAGAAAAAAGCGCAAAAAGGAAUGAACAAAGCCUCCAAGAAAUGUGGGACUAUGUGAAGAGACCUAACCUACGUUUGAUAGGUGUACCAGAAUGUGACAAAGAGAAUGAAUUCAAGCUGAAAAAUACUCUUCAGGACAUUAUCCAGGAAAAUUUCCCCCACCUAGCAAGGCAGGCCAACACUCAAAUGCAGGAAAUACAGAGAACACCACAAAGAUAUUCCGCAAGAAGAGCAACCCCAAGGCACAUAAUCAUCAGAUUCACCAGGGUUGAAAUAAAGGAGAAAAUACUAAGGGCAGCCAGAGAGAAAGGUCGGGUCACCCGCAAAGGGAAGCCCAUCAGACUCACAGCAGAUCUCUCGGCAGAAACACUACAAGCCAGAAGAGAGUGGGGGCCAAUAUUCAACAUCCUUAAAGAAAAGAACUUUCAACCCAGAAUUUCAUAUCCAGCCAAACUGAGCUUCAGAAGUGAAGGAAAAAUAAAAUCCUUUGUAAAUAAGCAAGUACUCAGAGAUUUUGUCACCACCAGGCCUGCUUUACAAGAGCUCCUGAAAGAGGCACUACACAUAGAAAGGAACAACCAGUACCAACCAUUCCAAAAUCACACUAAAUGCUAAAGAGCAUCAACAAAAUGAAGAAUCUACAUCAACUAACUAGCUGGGCAAAACAGCCAGCUAGCAUCAAAAUGGCAGUUUCAAAUUCUCACAUAACAAUAUUAACCCUAAAUGUAAAUGGACUAAAUGUACCAAUCAAAAGACACAGACUGGCAAAUUGGAUAAAAAACCAAAACCCAUCAGUGUGCUGUAUCCAGGAAACCCAUCUCACAUGUAAGGAUACACAAAGGCUCAAAAUAAAGGGAUGGAGGAAGAUUUACCAAGCAAAUGGAGAGCAAACAAAAGGAGUUGCAAUUCUCAUCUCUGAUAAAAUAGACUUUAAAGCAACAAAGAUCAAGAGAGACAAAGAAGGCCAUUACAUAAUGGUAAAAGGAUCGAUACAACAAGAAAAGCUAAUGAUCCAAACAUACAGGACCCAAUACAGGAGCACCCAGAUACAUAAGGCAAGUUCUUAAUGACUUACAAAGAGACUUAAGACUCCCACACAAUAACAGUGGGAGACUUUAACACUCCACUGUCAAUAUUAGACAGAUCAACCAGACAGAAAAUCAACAAGGAUAUCCAGGGCUUGACCUCAGACCUGGAACAAGCAAACCUGAUAGACAUUUACAGAACUCUCCACCCCAAAUCCACAGAAUAUACAUUCUUCUUAGCACCACAUCACACCCACUCUAAAACUGACCACAUAAUUGGAAGUAAAGCACUCCUCAGCAAAUGCAAAACAACUGAAAUCAUAACAAACAGUCUCUCAGACCAUAGUGCAAUCAAGUUAGAACUCAGAAUUCAGAAACCAACCCAGAACCACACAGCUUCAUGGAAACUGAACAACUGGCUCUUGAAUGGUGACUGGAUAAACAAUAAAAUGAAGGCAGAAAUAAAGAAGUUCUUCAAAACCAAUGAGAACGAAGACACAACAUGCCAGAAUCUCUGGGACACAUUUAAAGCAGUCUCUAGAGGAAAAUAUAUAGCAAUAAGUGCCCAUAUGAGGAGAAUGGAGAGAUCCAAAAUUGACACCCUAUCGUCAAAAUUGAAAGAGCUAGAGGAGCAAGAUCAAAAAAACUCAAAACCCAGCAGAAGACAAGAAAUAACUAAGAUCAGAGCUGAACUGAAGGAGAUAGAGACAUGAAAAACCCUUCAAAAAAAUCAAUAAUUCCAAGAGCUGGUUUUUUGAAAAGAUCAACAAAAUAGACAAACCACUAGCCAGAUUGAUAAAAAAGAAAAGAGAGAAAACCAAAUAGAUGCAAUAAAAAACGAUAAAGGGGAAAUCACCACAGAUUCCACAGAAAUUCAAACCAUCAUCAGAGAAUAUUACAAACAACUCUAUGCACAUAAACUAGUAAACCUGGAAGAAAUGGAUAAAUUCCUGGACACCUGUGUCCUCCCAAGCGUAAACCAGGAGGAAGCUGAAACUAUGACUAGACCAAUAACGAGGUCAGAAGCCGAGGCAGCAAUUAAGAGCCUACCACACAAAAAAAGCCCAGGUCCAGAUGGGUUCACAGCCGAAUUCUACCAGACACACAAAGAGGAGCUAAUACCAUUCCUUCUGAAACUAUUCCAAAUAAUCCAAAAAGAGGGAAUCCUUCCCAAAUCAUUUUAUGAGACCAACAUCAUCCUGAUACCAAAACCCGGCAGAGACCCAACGAGAAAAGAAAACUUCAGGCCAAUAUCCAUGAUGAACAUACAUGCAAAAAUCUUCAAUAAAAUAUUGGCAAGCUGACUGCAACAGCAAAUCAAAAAACUUAUCCAUCAUGAUCAAGUAGGAUUCAUCCCGGGGAUGCAAGGCUGGUUCAACAUACGCAAGUCUAUCAAUGUAAUUCACCACAUAAACAGAACCAAAAACAAAAACCACAUGAUUAUCUCAAUUGAUGCAGAGGAGGCAUUUGACAAAAUUCAACAGCCCUUUAUGCUAAAAACCCUCAAUAAACUCGGUAUCGAUGGAAUGUAUCUCAAAGUAAUAAAAGCUAUUUACGACAAACCAACAGCCAAUAUCAUACUGAAUGGGCAAAAACUGGAAGCAUCCCCUUUGAAAUCCAGCACUAGACAAGGAUGCCCUCUCUCACCACUCCUCUUCAAUAUAGUACUGGAAGUUCUAGCCAGAGCAAUCAGGCAAGAAAAAGAAAUAAAGGGUAUUCAAAUAGGAAAGGAGGAAGCCAAAUUGUCUCUAUUUGCAGACGACAUGAUAGGAUACCUAGAAGACCCCAUCGCCUCAGCCCAAAAACUCCUGAAACUGAAAAGCAACUUCAGCAAAGUCUCAGGAUAUAAAAUCACAAGCAUUCCUCUACACCAAUAACGGACUUAAAGAGAGCCAAAUCAAGAACGAACUGCCAUUCACAAUUGCUACGAAAAGAAUAAAAUACCUAGGAAUACAACUCACAAAAAACGUAAGGGACCUCUUCAAGGAAAACUACAAACCAUUGCUCAAUGAAAUAAGAGAGGACACAAACAGAUGGAGAAACAUUCCAUGUUCAUGGUUAGGAAGAAUCAGUAUCAUGAAAAUGGCUAUACUGCCCAAAGUAAUUUACAGAAUCAACGCUAUUCCCGUCAAGCUACCAUUGACUUUCUUCACAGAACUGGAGAAAACCACCAUGAACUUCAUAUGGAACCAAAAGAGAGCCCACAUAGCCAAGUCAAUUCUAAGCAAAAAGAACACAGCGGGGGGCAUCACACUACCGGAUUUCAAACUAUACUACAAGGCUACAGUAAUCCAAACAGCAUGGUUCUGGUACCAAAACAGAGAUAUAGACCAAUGGAACAAAGCAGAGGCAUCGGAGGCAACACAACAUAUCUACAACCAUACAAUCUUUGAUAAACCUGACAAAAACAAACAAUGGGGAAAGGAUUCCCUGUUUAAUAAAUGGUGUUGGGAAAACUGGCUAGCCAUGUGCAGAAAGCAGAAACUGGACCCCUUCCUGACACCUUACACUAAAAUUAACUCCAGAUGGAUUAAAGACUUAAACAUAAGACCUGGCACCAUAAAAACCCUAGAAGGAAAUCUAGGCAAAACCAUCCAGGACAUAGGAGUAGGCAAGGACUUCAUGAACAAAACACCAAAAGCAUUGGCAACAAAAGCCAAAAUAGACAAAUGGGACCUAAUGAAACUCCACAGCUUCUGCACGGCAAAAGAAACAGUCACUAGAAUGGAUCGGCAACCAACAGAAUGGGAAAAAAUUUUUGCAGUUUCCCCAUCUGACAAAGGGCUGAUAUAGAAUUUACAAAGAACUCAAACAGAUUUACAGGAAAAAAAACAAGCCCAUUCAAAAAUGGGCAAAGGAUAUGAACAGACACUUUAUGAAAGAAGACAUAUAUGAGGCCAACAAUCAUAUGAAAAAAUGCUCAUCAUCACUGGUCAUUAGAGAGAUGCAAAUCAAAACCACAUUGAGAUACCAUCUCACGGCAGUUAGAAUGGCGAUCAUUAAAAAAUCUGAAGACAACAGAUGCUGGAGAGGAUGUGGAGAAAUAGAAACACUUUUACACUGUUGGUGGGAGUGUAAAUUAGUUCAACCAUUGUGGAAGACAGUGUGGCGAUUCCUCAAGGCCUUAGAAAUAGAAAUUCCAUUUGACCCAGAAAUCCCAUUACUGGGUAUAUAUCCAAAGGACUAUAAAUCGUUCUACUACAAGGACACAUGCACACGAAUGUUCAUUGCAGCACUGUUUACAAUAGCAAAGACCUGGAACCAACCCAAAUGCCCAUUGAUGAUAGACUGGACUGGGAAAAUGUGGCACGUAUACACCAUGGAAUAUUAUGUAGCAAUCAGAAAUGAUGAGUUCGUGUCGUUUGUAGGGACAUGGAUGAAUCUGGAGAACAUCAUUCUCAGCAAACUGACACAAGAACAGAAAAUGAAAUACCGCAUAUUCUCACUCAUAGGUGGGUGAUGAAAAAUGAGAACACAUGGACACAGGGAGGGGAGUACUAAACACUGGGGUCUAUUGGGGGGAAAAGGGGAGGGCCAGCGGGGGCGGGGAGCUGGGGAGGGAUAGCCUGGGGAGAAAUGCCAAAUGUGGGUGAAGGGGAGAAAGGAAGCAAAACGCACUGCCAUGUGUGUAGCUAUGCAACUGUCUUGCAUGUUCUGCACAUGUACCCCAAAACCUAAAAUGCAAUAAAAAAUAAAAAAAAAAAUACAGGGGUAGAACUCACACCAGUUUCUGUAUAUAUAAAAUGACUAUGGGAGGCACAAACUUACCUUUUAAAAGGUGAGUCAGGGAAAGAAAAAGAGGAAAGUCCCUUUGUUUUUCUGUAUUAUAUACUUCUGAAUUACUUGUAGUUUUUUUUUUCUUUUUGCAUUGUGCUUGUAUUUCCAAUAUAUUUUGAGACAGGGAAAGGUACUUGGUAGAAAACUGAAAAUUUACUAAGGAACAGAAAGCUCUAAAACACAACACUAGCCUGGUCAACACAGUGAGAUCCGUCUUUACCAAAAAAAACGAACAAAAAACGGGCCCACUGUGCUGGCGCGUGCCUGUGGUCCCGGCUACUCAGGAGGCUGAGGCAGCAGGAUCUCAAGUUGGGAGCUAUAGCAAGCUAUGAUGGAGCCACUGCACUCUGGCCUGGGUGACAGAGUGAAACUGUCUCAAACAACAAAGCAUUUAAACAAAACAAAAUCCCAAAAUCUUUCAGGGCAGUGAUUACUAUUUUGAUUUUUCAGCUCACAGACCUUUAUUUUACAGUCCUGUGUAUUUGAACUUACAGUGGUCCCCAUUACAUUUGGCUAAAAUACUUGGGUUGCUGCUUUCCCUAAAGAAACACUGUUAAGUCACAUCACUAAACUUAAUGGUCAUGAUGCAUGUUAGCAUAAUGAAAAGUAUUGCGGCCCAUUAAAAUAUAUAAACAAAUUUAAAGGUUGUUUCUAUGCCUGUGUCAUCUUUUCUUACCUAAUUAAGGAUCUUUAAAAAAAUCUCUGAAUUAUUUUUGGACUGUCAUUGCCAUGCAGCUUUGUUUUCUUCAACCCUGUUGGCCCUCCUGAGUCUUUGUGCUUUGGAAAGUUCUUCUCUUGUAAGAUCCUCAGUCUUUCAAGGACUGCUCACUCUUUUUACCCUCUUCUUUGAAAGGAGACCUGCUCUCCUCAUUCCCCCUCUUCUAGCCUGUUUGCCCACUUCACACUUCUUCCCUCAGGCCCAGGCCACAGACUUCUCCACUCCUGCCACGGGUGUCCUCCUCUUCUCCCGGGUCUGCUGUCAGCUUAGGUGACUUCCACAAUGAUGUUCAUGACCCAGACAGCUACCUUCACAGCUUCUUGAUUACCUGGUCUAAAGAACUGUCUUUCCAGCACUAUAUCCAAGGCCUCAUAAUUACAAAGCGCUAUUUCACCACUAAAAUUUUGAAUAUUAAUUUUUUUUUUAAAGACAGAAUCUCGGUCUGUCACCCAGGCUGGAAUGCAGUGGCAUGAUCUCGCCUCACCACAACCUCUGCCUCCCAGGUUUUCAAGCGAUUCUCCUGACUUUCAAGUAGCUGGGAAUAUAAAUGUGUACCACCAUGCCCGGCUAAUUUUUGUAUUUUUAGUAGAGAUGGGGUUUUGCCAUGUUGGCCAGGCUGGUCUCAAACUCCUGGCCUCAAGUGAUCCGCCUGCCUUGGCCUCCCAAAGUGCUGGGAUUACAGGCAUGAGCCACUGUGCCUCACCUAAAUAUUAAUAUUCUAAUCUCUGGUCACAACGUCUAAAUUUGGCAGCCUUAUUCUACUACAGAUACUUUUAAAACCCAUCAUUCAAACUGUUACUCUUACAAACUCCUAUUCUUCUUCCCGUCUGUCAAAUAAAGUCACAGUUGACUUUUUUACCCAACCUAGACCCAUACAGUAUCAUCAUUCAGCUGCUCUCUUGCUGCUAUUUCAGUGUUUAAGCUCCCUUUCUUUCUGCCAGAAGUACUAACCAUGGAUCCAACCAAAUGCCCUCUCUGCUCCACACUUCUGUGGAACCCUAGACUUGGCAAUUCCUUUAUCAAUGCUUGUUAUCAACCACAGCAUCUUUAAAGAUCCUUACUUGUUAAACAUCCUCCCACCCUCAGAUAGCUAAUAUCCUACUUUGUUAAGAAAAUCCUCUCCUAUUCCUUUUAGAAGUAAUCCCUUCAAAUUCUCUUAGCCCUGUAGUGAAGAAAGAGUGAAAAGAUCACCAAUUUGGUACCUGACUCUUGAAAGUUUUCCAUUGUAAAAUUUAAUCCAAAGAAAUAAAUCUCUGAUGGUGGAAUUUCAAUAUAGCAAUAGCUGGCCCCACUCUGAGUCAUACCACAUGGACAAGUCUCCUAAUGAAGGUGAUGCCUGACCCCAGAGCAAAACUACUUUUAUGAAUACUUACCCACAUACUCAGGGGUACCCAUAAUUUCUCGGAGCUCUUCACUGUUCUUCAAUAUUCUUGAAAGGCCAAAGUCAACGAUCUUAAUGUCACCCAAUGGAGAGUCACUUGUCAACAGAAUAUUCUGAGGCUAAAAAACAACACACCCCCACAGAAAUCAACACAACUCUGAUUAAGCACACAAAACAUGUAGCCCAUAAAACAUACAUUUCACCUGUGAAACUGAGACUGAGGAAUUUAACAGCAAACAGUCAUUUAUUAAAGAAAUAUUUUUACAAUAUACUUCCUAUGUAUAAGGCUGCAGGCCUAGUAUUCUCUUAUAUUUUCAAUAUCUUCCCCUGCCCUGGCUUUUCCUCAGCAUAUAAACACGUUUCUGUCCCUACCUUAUGGAAUCCAUUCCCCAUGACCCUGAGUCUCCUAUCCAGGCAGCACACUCACUUCCUACUAUUCCCUCAAAACUCAGCUUCUUGAAAGCAUGGUCUAGUACAAUUGGUAUCAUUUCUCAUUCCCACUAAAUCUCCUUUACUCCCUGGACUGAAUCUGACUUCAUUAAGGUCACAAUAACUUUAAUAAUUGAAGACCCACCAAAUCCUGUGUCUUUCAGGGACUAUUUUGUAUGCAAUGAUUUCUGUAUCACUGGGCACUGCCAAGCUCCUUACAUUGUUGAAAUUCCUCCCCGUUUUCUCCACGUUGGAUCUCUCCUUUCUUCUACAGAUCCCUCACUACUUCCUCUGUUUUCCUUCUGUUGUCCUUUUAGAUAUUUGUGGUGUUCAAGAUCUCUUGCGGCAUGGCCCUCUUCCCCCACCACUCUGCAUUCUAUUUUUGAGCAAUUUCAUUUUCUUCCAAAGCUUCAGCUGCCACUUAUAUACUGAUAACUUCUACCCUAAGUCCUCUCCAGACUUAUGAGUGGGGAUAUGUGGGGUGAUGACACAUACAGUAAUGGGAAAGAGCUCCCCAGAGCCACAGAAUCAGUGAGGUUCAUAUCCCUAGAGUCAUUUUUACCCAAUGGAAAAUAACCUAAGAUACUUUCACUAUAAAAAGACAAGCAAAUAUAUUAUGGACUAGAAUGUAAAAUUCAUUAAAUUUUUAAAACACGAAAUGUGAAAGAAAAGUUUGUGUUUGCAUUAUAAAGCGUCCUCACUUAGUUUCCUGCCAUUAAGAAUAUUCCCAAAGGUAAGCUGAGAAACAUCGGUAAAUUACAAAUAUUUCACUACAACACCCUGUGUUUUAUGAUUGGGCCCCUGCUUCCUUUUCAAGAUUAAUUUCCUGUCAUGGCUCCAAAGGCAAUCUGGGCUCCAAAUCAAACAGUCUGUAAUCGGUAAAUAAGACAGCCACUCCCACAUCUCAUGCCUUUGCAUGUGUACCGUCUUUGCUCAGGACAUCCUCUCUCUUCCUCUCCCUGACAAAUUUAUUCUCAUCCCUCACUCCGUGCAUGAUGGGUCUCAAUAAAGCACCAAUUCUUGUGCAAAGCCUGUCCUGGCCUCCCCUGCUCCUUCCAGGGUGGGCUUGAUGGCUGCCCCGUCCCUACUUCACAGCAUGGAUACACAGCAUGCUUAAUCCAUUGUUUUGUUAGCUGUUUAUGUUUCUGUCUCCAUCACAUUGGUCCCCUAGAUGUAUAGAAUGAAUGCUCACAUUUCCUUUCCUUCCAUUCAUAUUCUGCAUCUCCAUCUGAUGUUUGUCCUCUCCUUCUACUACAAAUCACAAAAUCCAGUGAUAUUUUUCAAUGCUUUCUUCUGGACUACUCCCUUAGCAGUGUUUGACACACUUAACGACUCCUUCCUUGUUUACAUAUUAUUUUUCUCUUGGCUCCCAUGACAAAACACUCUCCUGGCUUUCUUCCUAUCUCUGGCUGCAUCUUCCAUCUCCUCUGAUAGGCAGCCUUCUUUUACCUGGUCCACUGGAUGCUGGGUUUGUCAAGGCUUGAUCUUGAGACCUUUCCUCUUUUUACUGCACACUCUCACCUUGCAUGAUCUGCACCCAAGGCUUAAAUAUCACCUACAGCUUAUGACUCACAAUUUUUUUCUCUCUUUUGGAUCUCUUCAACCAGCUGCUUAUCUAUUAUCUCCCCUUUGAUGUCUCAAAGGUACCUCAAAUUCAACAUGACCAAAGUCAGACUCCUAUUUUCCUUCCUAAAUCAGAUUCUCACUAUGCCAAUGACAGGUGUCUCAGUGAAUGCUAUGAUCAUACCUCUGAAUAGGAGAGAACAAUCAUCUUGGCCAUUCCUUUCCUCCCUUCUCUUCCAUUUAGCUAACAUGUCACCAUAGUUGAUUUUAAAUACUAAAUUCUAAGCAUUUCUAGACUUUGCCUUUUUCUCUCAUCUACAGAAAAUUAAACCUACCUUUCUUCCUCUAUUGCAAUGGCCUCUUCAAUGGUUUGCUGGGAUCUGUUUCACCUACAUUGCAGCUGGAAGGCUCUUUUGUAUUAUAUAAAUUGGAUCUGUUGUCCCCUUUCCUAAACCCUUCCACAGCUUCCCACUGCUCUUAGAUAACCUCCAAACUCCUUCGCAUGACGUGCAUGUCCUGAGGUCCAGCUUCUGCCUAGCUAGCUCUCCAGACUCAUCACAUGCCAUGAUCCCCUUGGCUCCAUGAAACUGGGUCCCAUAGGACAUUUUCCAGUUUCUCAUACUUGCCAUGCUCUCUCUCUCACAAGAGUGAAUCUGUAUAUGUAUUCUCUCAGUCUAGAACACUUUUCUGUUCUUCUUUGCCUAGUCUCAACUCGGUGAGAAAACCUAAGAUGGUAGUGAGGCAGAUUACAAUUCCCAUCGAUGAGAAGGGCUGCAAUAUGAAAAAGAAAACUGAGUCAUAGAUGGUCCCUCUUUUUACAAAGGGUCUUACCAUCUACCCAACUGUCUAUCCUACCGUUUUCUAUUAUGAAAAUGCCUGUAGGUUUAUCAGUCUGAAUUCAGAAUGGGAAGAAUCUACACCUUCAUGAGGACAGAAACCACAGUACUGAUUACUCUUUUAUCACUGUGAUCAGUGCCUGCCACACAUUAAUAUUUGUUGGGUGAAUAAAUGGAAGAAACGUAACUAUAAAAAAAUUAAGAGCGUGUCUAUUUUGUGUCAGGACAAGUGGUAGUAUAAUUUUAGCAAUAAGAUUGCCCUAUUGUCAGAGUUUAUAAUCAAGAGAAAAUAGAUGGACCUGCCAGGCUCAACUCACUCUUCUGUGCCUUGCACCAUAUACAAAGUGCUCAGGCAAUAAAUAUAUCAGAGUGGUUAAUUCUGCCUUGGAAAAUUACAGAGGAGAUAUGGGAGCAGACCCUGAAGGGUAGAAAGAUUUCCUAAUUUACUCAACAAAAAUUUACUGAUGCCUAAUGAGCUAGGCCCUGGGGAAAUAAGAGAAAACAAGACUUGAGUCCUGUCUUUUGGAGCCUUACAUUUUAACGGAGACAAAUAAGUACACCUCAAGUCGCUUUAAGCACUAGGGGGAACUCAAAGCAGGGUGAUAGGCAAGAGUGGUUACUUGGGGUGUGUGUAUGGACAUGAUAUCUUUAGGGGAGUCAGAGAAGGCCUCUCUAAGAAGGCAACCUGAAGGAGGAAAGGACGAUGCUACAAAAGAGCCAGUCAUGGCUCAGUGUCCUGGAGGUUUGGGGUAUGCAGGAGGCAUUCCAUGCAGGAGGAGCAGCAAGUAGAGGCCCUACUGCCAUGGAGCAUUUGCAGGAAGUCCUGUGUGGCUGGAGGACAGCACAAGCCAAUAGGGGUAGGCUGGUGGGAGGCAUGAAGUCGGAAAGGAAAUGGCUGGGAGCUCACAAGGCUCCGUCAGCUAUCCUGGAGUAAAUGGCAGAAGGCAGGCCACAUUUUCUUUGUUAAUGAGCUUCUAGUUGAUUCUUCAGGAACAAAACACCUAUGUAGCAUCAUGACUAUGAGUCCUCAGACUUUUCAAGGCAAUUUUAGUUUUAGUAAGUUAAUAAAAUACUAUAGUACAACAAAGGGGCUGGGUGCAGUGGCUCAUGUCUGUAGUCCCAGCAAUUUGGGAGGCCGAGGUGAGUGGAUUGUUUGAGCUCAGGAGUUCAAGACCAGCCAGCACAACAUGAUGAAAACCUGUCUCUACCAAAACCACAAAAAAUUAGCCAUGCAUGGUGGUACGAACCUGUAGUCCCAGCUCCUUGGGAGGCCAAGAGAGGAGGAUCACUUGAGCCUGGGAGGCAGAGAUUGUAGUGAGCUGAGAGAGUGCUACUGCACUCCAAUCUGGGUAACAGAGUGAGACCCCUUCUCAAGAAAAAACCAAACCAAACCAAAAACAAACAAACAACUGUAGUACAACAAAAUGUCAGUUAUUCAGGCAAACUCAAUAGGAGGGGUUUGGUUCAGUGAUACGUAUUUGUAAUUGAAUGUUUUGCCCUUUCUAGUACACACAAAAUGCCAAGUGAAAUACUGCUAGGGGAAAUCGUCACCAAAUCUUGAGAUUUUCUUGUGAUUAGUAAACAUGUACAUUCUAUGAAUGUUCUUAAAUACCAUUUGUUCCUUUAAAAUAUUUUAAAUGUUUUCCCCUUUUAUGUAUUUACCCUUUACAUUCCCUGAGAAAUGCUUUCUUUAGUUACUAUGCAAAAACUAAUUGGUUUGGUGGUAAUGUUGUAAAUCCUAAAUUAGCGUGAUCAAAUUAUAAGAAUUUUAUUGUAUCAGAAAUCUAGGCACAGUUAUAAGCAUCUAUGAAACACUAAUGUGAGAGACUUUCUGAAAAUGAAGUUAAACAAUUGAGAGAGAGGUUGCUAAAAACAACACAUUUCUCAUAAAAUCAGUUAUUUCAUGAGAUUUCACAGUUAAUAUUUAUUAUGUGGCUUUUUCCAACUAUGCCCUAUUUUGACCACAGGCCUAUUUUAAAAAAUAGAUCUUGCUUCUCUAAAUAAAAUUUAAGUACAAUUACAGGACUAUAAUCUGUCAGUUCUUGGAUGGUGAAAUAGAUCUCCUUCCAAUAAGCUGAAAUAUGGUAUCUUGAAAACUAAGCUAAGUACCUCAGCAUUUACCUCAGCAAUUACAACACUUCCUUUCCAGGGAAUCCAGUUCAUGAUAAAAAAAAGUUGUGGCACACAAAAUCUAGUUUUAUUUAAAAUGCAUGAAUACCAGGCAGUAAGGGAGAGAAAGCAGCAAGGUCAAUCAACAGAGAGGUGAUGACAGUGGAAUAAGCAGAGAAGCUGCAGAUGGUCCUUAAAGAGACAGAGGCUGUAGGGAAGUCUUACUUAUCUUGGUAUCUUCAUCUUUGUACAUAAACCAUUUGACAGUUACUGAAUAAUCACCACUGGAGAAGACUUAGUGGCUAAGAUCAUUGUAAAAUUGAGGUUAACCUGCUCAAUAAGGCUUAAGGUAUCAUGUACAGGGUUUUAAGAAACAUUUUAUCAGACAAUUAAAGUUCCAGUACAUUAACUAUUAAAACCCAGGUUAGAGUAGAGAAAUAGAUUAAUAUUCCUGUCUAAAUUAAUUUGGGGGACUGUUUAGAAAUGCUGUUGUUACCCCUGCUUUCAAGUAAUAUACUGAUGCUUAAAUUUAAUACUCAUAUAGAAAGUCCCAGCUUCUGGCCACUUUUUUUGAAAUUAAUUUUUAGAAAUUAAUGUUUUAAUAAAAAGUUUUUGUUUCCCCAGGCUGGAAUGCAGGGGUGCAAUCAUAGCUCACUGCACCCUCGAACUCCUGAGCUCAAGCAAUCCUCCUGCCUCAGCUUCCUCUGUAGCCGGGACUACAGGCAUAUGCCACCAUGCCCAGCUAAUUUAUGUAUUUUUAGUAGAGAUGGGGUUUCACCAUUUUGGCCAGGGUGGUCUCGACCUCUUGACCUUGUGAUCUGCCCACUUCGGCCUCCCAAAGUGCUGGGAUUACAGUUGUGAACCACUGCACUGGCCGAUUUUUAAAUUUUUUGCAGAGAUGAGGUCUCACUAUGUUGCCUAGCCUAAACUCAAACUUCUGGGCUCAAGUGGUCCUUCUCUCACCCUCCAGAAGUGCUGGGAUUGCAGCUGUGAGCCACCACACCUGGCCUUUUUCUAGUUUACUUUUAACCAUGAGCAUAACUGGGUGGAAAAGUCAGUGAUAGGAUCUUAGUAUAGUUGUUCCUUGGUAUCUGGAGGGGACUGGUUCAGGGACUCCUUGCAGACACACAAUCUGCGAUGGUCUAGUCCCUGAUAUGAAAUGUUGUAGUAUUUGCAUAUAACCUGCACACACCCUCUUGUAUACUUUCAAUCAUCUCUAAGUUACUCAGAAUAGCUAUUACAAUGCCACACAUCACCUCAUUUGUGUGGAUUUAAUGGAGUACUUGGUGGGGGGCCAAUUCAAGUUUAGCAUUUUGGAACUUUGUGGAAUUCUUUUUCCCCCUGAAUAUUUGCAACCUGUGGUUGGUUGAAUCCAUGGAUGCAGAGGGCUGACUGUACUGACACUGCUGAAAUACUGAAUCAGUACAACACCAUUUGAAGAAAAAAGAGCAUUGGAUUUUAAGACCAGUUUUCUUUGUGCUAUUUUCGGUCAGUCCUCCCUCCUUCUGACUGGAGUAAAACCAGGCCACUCUGCUGAAUGACUAAUUCACCGAAUUAUUGAGACUGUUUUGGUACUUUUAGUUGGUUUUGUUCUGACUUUGCUAGAGUUGUUGUUUCUCAGAUUUGCAAUUCCUGCAACAUUUUAUAUAUUAAAUGAAUGGGCUUUCUCUUAAUCA